AUGGCGAUGAUGACGACUGGCCGUGUGCUGCUGGUGUGUACCCUCUGCGUGCUGUGGUGCGGUGCCGGCGGUAGAUGUGAAAAUUCGGUAACCGCUCCUUCUGAGUCUGGAGUCAACAAUCCCAUAAUUGCGCCGGUCCCCACAAAAGGCGGUGAUUUGCCAAAAAGUAAUAAAGUUGAAGACUCAAAACCUUUAGAGGAUGACGAUAAUCAUGAUCCGGUGAAUUUGCCGGAGCAAGAGUCCUGCAAGAAUGAUUCAACAAAGUCGCCGAAGUGCACUGAGGGCCCAGAAGUUGUAAUUGAUUCUUCUUUGGAUCCCGUUGGCCAAGGCGAAAAUAAUGAAGUUCAAAACAGCGGGAUUCCUGCUUCUUCAGAAAAGGAUAUGACUCUGAAAGACCAGGAAUUACAGGAAAGGCUUCAGGAUAGAGAAACGUUAUCGAGAGAACCAGCAACAGUAAAAGAACCCAAAGUUACGAUGUCAGCAGAACAUUCAUCCUUACCCUCACCAUCAAAGGCAAACCAGGAGACAGUGAGCUCAGCAGAUAUCUAUGGUGUCGGCAUUGGCACAGUGCAGAGAGAUAAUAUGCCGAAUACGUUAACUGGUAACGAUGGCAGCAAAAGUCGAACUGCACAGCCUGACUCCGCCAGUAUCAACACUCAGACCUCUGUUGAUGAGAACACCUCUUCACCUGAAACCGCACCGCAUGUCAAUACUGCUGCCGACACUGACAGCGCAGGAUCCACAACAGCAGCACUCAACACUACCAACACAAAAAAGGAGAAUAAUGCCGACAGUGGCGGCAGCCUUGCAGCCUCACCAGCUGUAGGGACCAACACUGCCACAGCCACCACGACAACCACUCAAGAUGCGAGUGAAUUCAGCAAGGACGGCGUCAAGCUAUCCACCGACGACGUGGAGCAGAAUGCUUUCAAAACCAACUCUGAUGCCGAUUCAGGCACAACCGAAACCGCAGCAGCCAACAGUGAAGUGCCCACGGCAGCAAACAACGCCACCAAUAUAACAAGCAAUACAGAGACCACAGCAGACAGUGACGUCAGCACCGCGGUCUCCCACACCACCUCCCCUCUUUUGCUUCUUCUUCUUGUUGCGUGUGCGGCUGCUGCUGCGGUGGUGGCCGCGUGA